UUGUGUGUGUGUUGUCAGAUCAGUGCCAACGUGCUGAUCUUCCUGUGCACUAAUAUGAUCGGCAUCUGCACCCACUACCCUGCUGAGGUCUCCCAGAGACAAGCCUUCCAGGAGACGAGGGGUUACAUCCAGGCCAGACUUCACCUGCAGAGGGAGAAUCAGCAACAGGAACGCUUACUGCUGUCUGUGCUGCCAAGGCAUGUUGCUAUGGAGAUGAAGGCUGAUAUCAAUGCCAAGAAGGAAGAUAUGAUGUUUCACAAGAUCUACAUCCAGAAACAUGACAAUGUUAGCAUCCUGUUUGCAGACAUCGAGGGCUUCACCAGCCUGGCGUCGCAGUGCACGGCCCAAGAGUUGGUCAUGACUCUGAACGAGUUGUUUGCUCGCUUCGACAAGCUGGCCUCGGAGAAUCACUGUCUGCGUAUCAAAAUCCUCGGGGACUGCUACUACUGUGUUUCAGGGCUGCCCGAGCCCCGGGCUGACCAUGCCCACUGCUGCGUGGAGAUGGGAGUGGACAUGAUUGAAGCCAUUUCGCUGGUGAGAGAAGUGACAGGUGUUAAUGUGAACAUGCGGGUGGGCAUUCACAGCGGGCGUGUUCACUGCGGGGUGCUGGGCCUGCGCAAGUGGCAGUUUGACGUCUGGUCCAACGAUGUGACGCUCGCAAACCAAAUGGAGGCCGGAGGCAAGGCGGGACGUAUUCACAUCACCAAAGCCACACUGCAGUACCUGAACGGCGACUACGAGGUGGAGCCAGGAUUUGGGGGGGAGAGGAACGCUUACCUGAAGCAGCACAGCAUUGAGACCUUCUUGGUGCUGGGAUGCAGCCAGAAAAGGAAAGAAGAGAAAGCCAUGAUGGCCAAGAUACAGCGAACACGUGCAAAUUCUACAGAGGGACUGAUGACCGACAGAUCCUUUGCCAGGAGCAAGGAGUCCAAAGUCUACAAGACCAUGGGCAUCGAUGCUGCAUCCAGCAAAGAAAAAAGCAAAGUCACGCCCCACAGUGACCCGUCGUACCAUGUUCCCUUUAGCCGCUGCGCUCAGGAGCCCCUGAACUCUGAGGAGGAGGUAGAUGAGUUCCUUGCGCGAGCCAUCGAUGCACGCAGCAUCGACCAGCUGAGAAAGGACCACGUGAAGAAGUUUCUGCUCACCUUUCAAACAGUCGACCUCGAGAAGAAGUACUCCAAAAAGAUUGACGAUCGCUUCGGAGGAUAUGUGGCCUGUACAGUGCUGGUCUUCUGUUUCAUCUGUUUUAUUCAGAUGAUCGUUUUCCCAAAAACAACACUUAUGCUUGGUCUUUACAUCAGCAUCUUCAUCAUUCUUGCUAACAUCCUCUUCAUCUGUGUCAUCUAUUCCUGCAUUAAACUCUUCCCAGCUGCCUUGCAGACGCUUACCAAGAACAUAGUCCAGUCUCGAGCAAACAGCACAUUGGUGGCCGUCUUCUCCAUCCUCCUCCUCUUCAUCUCUUCUUUUGCUAACAUGUUCAUCUGCAGCAGAGGGAAACUGCAGGACUGUGUAGCCGAUGAGCUGAACACAUCAGUGACUCUGUGCCUGCUUCAUAACCUGACCAAGACAGCAGAGGACGGUUUGACUCUGUGUUCCAGUCAGGCCGUGCCCUGCCAUUUCCCCGAGUAUUUCAGCUACAGUGUACUGCUGACCCUGCUGGCCUGCUCUGUGUUCCUGCACAUCAGCAGCAUCGGGAAGCUGGCUCUCAUGCUGUUCAUCCAGCUCACUUUCAUCCUGCUGGUGGAGUGGCCUCAGGUGGCCCUGUUUGACAACGCAGACCUGCUGGUCAUUGCCAACACCCUGCAACUAUCACCUGUGAAUGAUACGUUGCAACAACUCAGUUUCAAUGAAACUGCAGAACAGUGCAUGGAGAGUGUGACCAAGGUAUCCCUAAAGGUCAUGACCCCUGUUGUCCUGAUGGUUUUUGUCCUGGCCCUCUACUUGCAUGGCCAACAGGUGGAGUCCACUGCACGCCUCGACUUCCUCUGGAAGCUGCAGGCCACUGAAGAGAAGGAGGAGAUGGAGGAGCUCCAGGCCUAUAACCGCCGCCUGCUCCAUAACAUCCUGCCCAAGGACGUGGCUGCCCACUUUCUUGCCCGGGAGCGCCGGAAUGAUGAGUUGUACUACCAGUCCUGCGAGUGCGUUGCUGUCAUGUUCGCCUCCAUCAGCAACUUUUCUGAGUUUUAUGUGGAGCUGGAGGCAAACAAUGAGGGGGUCGAGUGUCUUAGGCUGCUUAAUGAGAUCAUCGCCGACUUUGAUGAGAUAAUCAGCGAGGAGAGGUUCCGUCAGCUGGAGAAAAUCAAAACCAUUGGCUCCACCUACAUGGCAGCCUCUGGCCUCAACGACUCCACAUACGAUAGAGAGGGCCGCUCACACAUCCUGGCUCUGGCAGACUAUGCCAUGAGGCUCAGAGAGCAGAUGAAGUACAUCAAUGAGCACUCCUUCAACAACUUCCAGAUGAAGAUAGGGCUGAAUAUGGGGCCUGUUGUCGCAGGGGUGAUUGGAGCUAGAAAACCCCAGUACGAUAUCUGGGGCAACACGGUCAAUGUCGCCAGCCGAAUGGACAGCACAGGAGUUCCAGACUACAUCCAGGUGACCACAGACUUGUACCACGUGCUGGUCAACAGCGGAUACCAGCUGGACCGUCGGGGCGUUAUCAAGGUGAAGGGGAAGGGGGAGAUGACCACUUAUUUCCUCACCAGCGGUCCCCAGGGCAGUUAA